AUGUCCGCAAACGACGUGUUAGAUGUGCUCGAAAUUCAGCGGGAUGAUUUCCCGGCUCGUAAAAAGCAGAAGAUGUCUCCCGCUGUACCAGAAGGACAACUGAAACCUCUCACAGGAAUGGCAAGAGAAUUGUAUAAUCUUGUGGGUCCCAAUACACCAUCUCUCGGGUUAACGCCAACUUCAAACACUAAGGAUAGGAAAGGGUUCAGACCAAGUCCAUGGACCAAGCUUAGCUUCAAAGCAAGAGAAGAUGGAAUUGAAUUGAAACACUGGGUUAAAGGAUCCGAAAGUUUACACCUGCUGGCUGAGGAGUCUCUGAAGCCCUAUUUUUUUGAAAAAUUCAGUGUUAAUAUAGAUAUUCCAGAGCUAGUUGAUGAAGAGACAUACGCGGAGAUUAUGAAAGAUAUAUUGGAUGAGAAGACUAAAGUUGAAGAGAAAAGUGGGCAAGAACAAACUUCAAGUAUGGAAAACAAUAAAGAGCCAUCCAAAGAGGACGAGAAGGGAUCUGCAAAGCCAAAAGAAAACACGAAUACAAAGGAGAAUAGCGCAGAUGAUAAUUUAAAUGGAAGUCCAGAAAUUGGGACCAAAGAUAAUACAUCAUCACAAAUUGAUACAGAAAGAUCCGCUGAGGAAUUUGAUGAUUCACCCCGUGCUAAGGAAUGGACUUACCAGGAAACUAAAACCUUAUUCGAGCUUUGCAAAUCAUUUGAGCUCAAGUGGCCAAUUAUUCAAGAUAGAUUUUCAAUCGGUGGAGUUACAACAGAAGAACUCAAAGAUCACUUUUAUAAUGUGUGUGAGAAAAUACUUUCUCGACAAGAAAUUAAGAAUCUGAACCUCAUAGAUUCUCUCAAGUCAUAUUCCAAGGAGAAGGAAAUUGAGAGGAAACAAUACCUCGAAAACCUUCUUCUUAGAACUCCAGCAGAAAUAGCAGAGGAAGAAUCAUUAGUCAUUGAAGCAAGAAGAUUCGAGUUGGCCGCAAAGAAGAUGCUCAUGGAAAGAUCUAAUUUGUUGGGGCUUUUGGAUUCCCCACAAUCCACCCAAAAUGUGGCCCAGUUCCAAUCAUCCCAAGGUAUUGCAAACUUGUACAACAAUCUUAUGAUUUACGAUAAACACCAAAAAAAGAAACAACAGCAGCAGAAGAUAGUCACACAAGAUCCUGUACCACCACCGAUACCAUUGGCCGCAUCAUCGUCUUACAAAAGAGAUCGCGGCUUUCAAACUCAACUACAGCAGUAUCUUUCAAGCUUAUUGAAACAAAACUAUCAUACCAACCCAGCAAUAAAACAGGAAACAAAUGCUAUUCAUCAGUUGUUAUUGAAGAGACUUACGCAAAAAGAAGAAGAAGCUUAUGGUUUAUAUUAUCAUGGUACAGAAAAGUUGACUCCUGGUGUCACAUUGAGAUCGCAGCAAAGGCUACUGGGAUUACAGCAAAAACAAUCGGUAUUGAAAAUGGCUACUUCACUUAUGCAAGAGCUAGACAUUCCCACUGCUGGCGGAAGCGCUGUCAAACCAAUCAUGCCUACACGAAAGACAAUGGCGAAAUAUGAUGAACUUUUGCGAACGGUGGUGACUUUAUUGGAUGUGAAGAGGGCAAAAGAUAAACUUGAAUCGGAGAUUUCUUUGAUCAAGAGUCAAAGAGGACUUCAGUAG